AUGUCUCUGUUUGUCCAAAAUGCCUGGCCGUCGUCCUACUCGGUGUGGUUCAAGUCUCAAGUGCCUCAAAUCAUUGGACCGAUCCUGCUGUGGCGCAUCUGUCCCUCGUACGACAUGUAUAACCUGCUCGGGGCAAACUACAAACCAACCGAGCUACAACUUUCUGUCCCGCAUUCGGCCGUGAUCGACUGGGUCCCGUAUUCGGAGCUGCGAGAUAAGAUCAUCAUGUACUACAACCAAUCGGUGGUCCUGGACAGACUGCUGUGCGACAUGAUGAACUCGUACGUGAUCGAGGUGCCGGACCUCGCUCAGAUCCUGCCCCAGGCUCCACGCGGCCGGGCUUACUUUGGAAUAUGGAACAUCUUCCGCGCCAUCGACGUGGCCUUUGAAAACCAAAACAACAACAGCCGCCGCAGCAAGUCAGGCCGGUCGCCCAGUUCGGCGCCUGCCACGGCAGACUAUGCUAACCAGUCGGCCGAUGAGGGCAUGCUCAAUGUCGAGGAUCCGUGUGGUAUAUAUGCCGAGUUUGCGCUGAGCGAGCACGCUGGCUCGCCACCAGCCGGGGGUGUCUCCGGGAAGGAAGACGAUUACGACCAUGCCGCCGCCUCCUCAUCAUCGACCUCAGCUUCGCAUUCGGGUGGUGGCAAACCGUUCAACCUCGUCGAUAUCUUCACGACCCCGGCGUCGGUCCUCAAACUCUCACACGACAUCCGUCUCUACGCGAGUCGAUCGUGGCGGUUCGACCGCACCCUCUUCGACAAGUACCCCGAGCUCAAGUUUGACGGGUACGAGAAUGUCGUGGCCCAAGGUCGCUCGUGCCGCAUUCCCACAGCCCCGCCUGAUGGGCCAAUCGAAAUGACGGAGCAGACGAUGCAGAUAUACCAAAAGGCACUGGAGAAGUCGGUAUAG